UUUCCCAAUGGCUACAUUUCUUAGAUCACUUCAUUUUCUGAUACUUCUCUAUGUUUCCAAUAUUCCCUUGGCCUUUGCUCAAGAUGAAAACCAAUUUAUCUACAAUGGCUUCCAGCAAGCCAAGCUGCAGCUUGAUGGAAUCGCAGUAAUCCACAGCAAUGGUCUACUGCAGCUAACCAACCUUUCAUAUAAACAAACUGGUCAUGCUUUCUACCAAUUCCCUCUAAAGUUUAACACAACUUCAUCCACUUUAACUUCAUCUCUUUCAUUUUCUACCAACUUUGUGUUUGCCAUGGUUGCCGAGGGGAAUAACCCUGGUGGUCACGGCAUUGCCUUCACCAUCAGUCCCUCGAGAGACUUCUCCCGUACUCAAGGAAGUCGGUUUCUGGGGCUCUUCAAUAGUUCAACUAACGGCCUUUCUACAAACCACAUCUUGGCCAUCGAGCUUGAUACUGUUCAGAACGCUGACUUACAAGAUAUUGAAAUGAAUCAUGUGGGAGUCGAUGUGAACGGCAUGAUAUCAAAUGAAUCAGCUGCUGCAAUGUAUUUUUCCAAUGAAGAAGGGAAGAAUAUAAGGUUGGAUCUCAUGAGUGGGAAUCCAAUGCAUCUCUGGAUAGACUAUGAUGAAGCAGAAAAGUUACUCAAUGUAACACUCGCUCCAACCACAAUCCCAAAACCAGACCGGCCUCUAUUGUCAACACCCAUUGAUUUGUCUGAAAUUCUCUUGGAAUCCAUGUAUGUUGGUUUCUCUUCAGCCACAGGUGCACUUGCAAGUUCCCACUACAUUCUUGGAUGGAGCUUUAAUAAAAGUGGACCAUCACAAAGCCUUGAUGUUUCAAGCCUCCCUCCACUUCCCCGACAGGGGAAAAGAGCGAAACCAAGCCCAAUGAUCAUGACUUCUGUCAUAGCAGUAGCACUUGUGCUGAUAACCGUCGCUGGAGCUGCUUACAUUUUGAGGAGGAAGAAAUAUGAAGAAAUACGAGAAGAUUGGGAAGAGGAGUAUGGCCCCCACAGGUUCAGCUACAAGAAUCUCCACAAAGCAACCAAAGGUUUCAAAGACACUGAGCUUCUUGGAGAAGGAGGUUUUGGAAAGGUUUACAGAGGAAUACUUCCUUCUUCUAAUCUACAAAUUGCAGUAAAGAGAGUCUCCCAUGAUUCCAAACAAGGUAUGAAGGAAUUUGUGGCUGAGAUCGUUAGCAUGGGAAGACUGAGGCAUAGAAACUUGGUGCAGCUCCUUGGCUAUUGCCGGCGAAGGGGCGAACUCCUCUUGGUGUAUGAUUAUAUGCCCAAUGGAAGCCUUGACAAGUUCUUAUAUAGCAAUGAAAAACCAAAUCUUAACUGGGUUCAACGGUUUAGAAUCAUCAAAGGAGUAGCAUCUGGCCUUCUUUACCUCCAUGAAGAGUGGGAGCAGGUUGUUCUACACCGAGAUGUAAAAGCAAGCAAUGUUCUAUUGGAUGCUGAAUUAAAUGGAAGGCUAGGAGACUUUGGCCUUGCCAGAUUAUACGACCAUGGCACCAAUCCUCAAACCACCCAUGUGGUAGGGACUCUGGGUUAUUUGGCUCCGGAGCUUACUAGAACGGGAAGGGCAACCACUUGCAGUGAUGUGUUUGCUUUUGGGGCUUUCAUGCUGGAAGUGGCUUGUGGAAGGAGGCCGAUAGAGGUACCAGCCCUGGGACUGCCUGAACGGAUGAUUUUGGUUGAUUGGGUCUCUGAGUGCUGGAGAAGAAGAGCUAUCCUUGAUGCUAGCGAUCCAAGAUUGGAAGGGAAUUAUGUGGUGGAGGAAAUGGUAUUAGUUUUGAAACUAGGCCUGUUUUGCUCAUUUGCAAUACCAGCUGCAAGGCCUAGCAUGAAGCAAGUGAUGCAGUUGUUGGAUGGUGAUGCUGAUCUGCCGGAAUUACCACAUGACAGUGUUUUUGGUGCAUUUUCAAGUGAUGAAUCAUCCGCUUUCAAGUCGUUUCCUUUUACCCUGUCUUCUGCUCCUUCCAUGUGUAGCACUGAUUCAAUCCUGAAAAGUGGUCGUUGAAUCAGCCGGGUGUCUCAUGCUACGGGUAGAUUAGAUCUUGGAUCUAUGCUUGGAAUUAAAUCUGGACAUUGAAAAAACUAGAGUAUAUGUACUGUAGUUUUCUUAAAGCACCUUAUAUUUGAUGCAUAUGAUGUAAAUGGUUUCUUUCACUGAAUCUAGUCGUUGAAAAUGGUAUUAUGUAGUAGUCUGCCUAAGCUUUACAUAGUACAAUAAAAUCAAUUCAC